AUGGUGUCUCUUUCCUCCCCUGCCAACAUAGAGUCUUUCUAUAAGUUCACCGACGACGUUUCGAACCCGGAACUAUUUGAGUCCUGGAAGCCAAAGAUCGCUUCGUACCAGAAAGCUCUUUCCUCUGCUCUUCCAGAGGAGUACAAGCUGCCUGAAUCGGAGAUCCCAUCCACUUUGGACGACGAGAGUUUCAACACCGUGAAGUUUCUGUUUGAGACCAAACAUCUUUCUGCUGCCGAGCACGAGAUCACUGAGUCUUCUGCCACGCAAUUGCUCGAGAAGCUGUCUUCCAAGAAACUGACUGCCGUUGAGGUUCUGAAAGCGUUUGCACACCGGGCGGUGAUUGCACACCAAUUGACCAAUCUGGCGUGCGAGUUCUUCAUCAAUGAGGGACUUGCUCGUGCCAAGCAGCUUGACGAGCAGUUUGCAACCACCGGAAAGCUUGCUGGUCCAUUGCACGGUAUUCCAAUCUCUUUGAAAGAGCAGAUCGGGUACGCUGGCAAGAUCACCCAUGGAGGAUGGGUCGGCUGGCUCGACAACAUCCCUAAGGAGGACGCCGUCACUGUUCAGGUGCUCAGAAACCUCGGUGCUGUGUUUUACGUGCGUACUAACGAGCCACAAACUUUGAUGCAUCUUGAUUCCAACAACAACAUUGUUGGCCGCACCCGUAACCCUCACAACUCUUUACUCACUGCUGGAGGCUCGUCCGGAGGAGAAGGUGCGUGUGUUGGUGCCAAGGGUUCUCCGUUGGGUGUGGGAACAGACAUUGGUGGCUCGAUCAGGGCUCCUGCUGCCUUUUCUGGUACUUAUGGUUUGAGACCAACCACCCGGAGAAUCUCGACUUUUGGCGGUGUUUCUUCUGGAAAGGGCCAGGAGUCUGUUGUUGCCGUUGCUGGUCCGCUCGCUGGCCAUCUGGAGGACAUCGAGCUGUUUAUGAAAUCGUACAUCAACGACGGACAGCCUUGGAACAUCGACCAAUGGUGUAUUCCAGUGCCUUGGAGAGACGUUCCUGUUCCAGAGCCUUCGAAACUGACCGUUGCUAUCAUGUACGACGACGGAAUCGUCAAGGCGCUGCCUCCGAUCGAGAGAGGUCUGAAAUACACCGAGGAGAAGCUGAAAAAAGCUGGUGUCAACGUGAUCGAGUUCAAGCCACUUGCCUGCGAGGAGCUGUACAAGUUGGCCAACGAAAUGUACAGUUGCGACGGCAACUACGCACAGAAGGAGAUGCUCAGACCGUCCGGCGAGCCGCUGCUUCCUCUCACCAAAUGGGCGCUUUCCUUUGGUAAGGGCGACCAUGCUUACACCGUGACUGAGAACAGAGAGCUCAAUUACCAGAGAGACAACCUGAGAAAGUUGUACAACGACUACUUUGUCAAGAACAAGGUGGAUCUGAUUUUGUGUCCAAACUACUGCGGAACUGCUCCUGUGUGUGCCCAGGACGGAGUCGAGGGCCCUUACUACUGGGGCUACACCUCGCACUUCAAUGUGUUGGACUUGCCUGGACUGGUGGUCCCAACUGGACUGUAUGCCGACAAGAACGUGGACGUCAAGUCGUCUCACCAACCAAGAUCCGAGAUCGAGGCCAUCGAGUACAACAAGUACAAGCCAGAGCUUGUGCACGACGCCCCAAUUGCGCUGCAACUGGUUGGAAGACGCUAUUUCGACGAGGAGGUGGUUGCAAUUGGAAAACUGUUCAAACAAGUGUUGGAGCUCAAGGAGUAG